AUGGACAUUUUACAUGCCAGAGCAGACUGGGAGAGCGUGGGAGACAAGUGGUUUCGCAAAACGCAACAGUACACCGAGGUGUUCGACCAAGACUUGGACCUGGACAGUUAUCUUGUUGUUGGGGCCCCUUACGCUGGUGCAUUAGCUCUCUGGCAGGACGAUUCAAAGCUGCAGGCUCACCAACCAGGUCGCUCGUCCAAGCCCAGUAUUGACAUUUACAGCUUGGCGGGAAAGAAGCUCCGAGCCAUCCCCUGGGACAAAGGCCACAUCAAGAGCUUAGGCUGGUCAGAAGAUGAGUCUCUGUUGGUGGUAACAGCCGACGGAAACGUUCGCUGCUACAACUUGCAAGGAGACUUUAGCAACUUCACCCUCGGCCACGGGGCAGACAACUAUGGGGUCGAGUCUUGUCGUUUCUAUGACAGCGGCAUGGUGGCUCUCUUGGGAAACAACACUCUGGUCACGGUUUCGUCGUAUUCGGAACCGCGACCGCGACUCUUGGCAACCAUACCAGAGGGUGAGAUCCAUUCCUGGGCCAUCAUCUCACCCAACAACACGCUGUCUCGGUCUGUCGAAGUUCUUAUCAGUAUUGGAACAACGGUCUAUGUCGUCGAUGCCACGGACUGUGAAGACAAGUUUCUGGAUAGUGGCCCGUUCAGCCACAUCAGCGUUUCGCCGGAUGGUCGGUACAUCAACUUGUAUGCGAAUGUUGGCAUUGCUCACAUCAUCUCGAGUGAUUUUCAAGAGAAACUGUUCGAGCACAAUUCCGACUCGCAAACCCCACCAAAGUAUGUCGAAUGGUGCGCAAGUGAUGCGCUAAUUGCGUGGGAAGACGAGGUGCACAUAAUCGGUCCCGGGGAUGUGUCUUCGUCUUAUAUUUACGACAGCACAAGGGUCCACGUCAUUUCCGAGUAUGAUGGGGCCAGACUGAUUACAAAUGAUUUCUGCGAGUUUCUAGAGCGAGUUCCGACAGACACCCUGGACGUGUUUGGCCACGCCUCCCAGUCAUCGCCGGCAUCCAUUCUCUUGGAUGCUAUCGGGCAGUUGGAGUUGGAAUCGCCAAAGGCAGAUGACUACAUCCAGUUGAUUCGUGCCAACCUCACCGAGGCCGUCGACACGUGCGUCAACGCUGCGGGACGAGAGUUUGAGACGAAAUGGCAAAAGCGACUUUUGAAGGCCGCCUCAUUGGGCAAGUCUGUCCUUGACAUUUACAAUAGCGACGACUUUGUCGACAUGUGCGACACAUUGCGUGUCUUGAACGCCGUCCGUGAUUUCAAAAUAGGCAUGCCUCUGUCGUUUGAGCAAUAUCAUCGCCUGACCCCGGAGAGGCUGAUACAGCGACUGCUGCAACGACAUGAGUAUCUCCUUGCUUUGAAGAUUGCUAGAUACCUGAAGCUUCCCUCGGAUGGAAUAUAUGUACACUGGGCAUGCGCCAAGGUGCGCAUUGGCGCGGACGACGACGACACGAUUUGCCGUCUAGUAGUGGAGAGACUAUCCGGGAAACCUGGCAUCUCAUUUGAAGAAAUCGCGCGCGCUGCCUACCACGAGGGUCGCAGUCGGCUGGCAACCGAGCUGCUCAAUCACGAGCCCCGCGGAGGACGACAAGUGCCUCUUCUUCUGGACAUGGAAGAAGAUGAACUUGCCUUGGACAAGGCGAUUGAGAGUGGAGACAGCGACCUGAUACUGUCUGUCCUGCUGAAGCUCAAGAAGAAGUUACCUUUGGCAUCGUUUUUCCGGGUCAUCAAUUCUCGUCCGACAGCUACGGCUAUUAUAGAGUCAGCAGCCAUUGCCGAGGGUGAUAACGCGCUGCUCAAGGACCUUUACUACCAGGAUGACCGAAGAGUGGACGGCGCGAACGUGUUCAUUCGGGAAUCCCUUCAGCAACCGAAUGCUCGUACCUCAGCUGACAAGCUGGCGCUAGCAGCGAAGCUGCUUUCUGACUCGAAAGAAAAUAUCACGGAGCUCUACGCUCUCAAGGAGACCACAACCCUGCUUCGAAUACAAGAAUCCUUGGACCGAGAUUUGACCGAUUCAUUUACCGGCCUCAGCGUUCACGAAACCAUGUUUAAGCUUAUACGUCUUGGCUAUCAUGGUCGGGCAAAGAAAAUCCAAGGCGAGUUCAAGGUUCCAGAAAAGGUGGCAUGGUGGAUCCGACUUCGCGCUCUCGUUGCAAAACGAGAUUGGAAUGAAAUCGAGGAGAUUUCAAAGAGUAACAAAAGCGCUAUUGGUUGGGAGCCUUUUUACAACCUCACCUUGCAAGCUGGCAACCCACGCCUUGCCGCUGUAUUUGUCUCAAAGUGCACUGGUUUAGAACGCGGCGAGAGAAUCAGCAUGUACGAAAAAUGCGGCAUGCGUGUUAGAGCCGCCGAGGAGGCCGUUCGUCUCAAAAACAUGGAGGCAUGGGAAAGACUGUUGGAGGCUGCUGGGCGAGGAUCGCAGGAGGGUCGUGAGAUUGAACGACUCGGAAAUGCCGUGUUUAGGAGGUGA